CUCUCUCUCUCGCUCUCUCUUCCUCUCUCUCUUCCUCUCUCUCGUCCUACUUAUCUUUUCCUCCGAACCAUAUUUCUUUCCUUCCAAAGGCUUUGAAGGAUAAAAUCAAUCCCCCCUCCACGUUUUUGCUUACUCCGUCAUAUUGCUUAUUACAUCGCAUACUCCAUGGCCCAUCGUGGCUAAGCUCGACUUUCCCCCUCCUUUACAACCCUUGUACAUCCUCACUGCCUACUCGUUGUCAGCCUUGUUUUUGCGGCCUUGUUCGACCGAACCUUUUUGACUUCCCAUUGCGCCGUGACCCUUCGACCUUCCGACCGCGAUUUUUAAUCACGCUUCACAUCCCAGCCUUCCCCUCCCAUAGACGAUACUGUGCUUUACUCUCCGAAUCUCGCUCGCUCGCCCUUUGCCCUGCGACAAGAAUCUACCUAGGGGACGUGUCGCGAACGGGUUGCGUUAGUGGGUUCCGGGCCCAUCGGAGCGGAUGCUCUCCCUCCAUCGUCUCAAUAACACUACGGUUGCUUAUUACAUGCCCUCUCGAGGGUCAGAAGUAGCCUAGAUGGCUCCAGCCAACUUUGCUGGGGAGAACAGCGAUUUCCCCGAGGAGAUCCGGGAGACUCCCAGCGACAUUUCAAAACCCACCAAGCGUCAGCGAUGGGCAACCACCCGCGUUGGCGGCACCGGAGGCACGCGGAAACGUGUCUCCAUCAUGGACCGUUUGCACAAGCGCUCGGAGAUGAAAGAGGAGAAGCGGAGGUCUCAGCUGCCCACCGCUGAGCACCCUAAUGGUGAAGGCGACUCGGACGCCAACAAUCGACGGGUGUACUUCAACGUCCCCAUCCCCGACACCGAGAGAGACGAGGACGGCCACCCCCGGGCGAAUUAUCCCAGAAACAAAAUUCGGACCGCGAAAUAUACGCCCUUGACGUUCGUCCCCAAGAACUUAUGGUUUCAAUUUCAUAACAUCGCCAACAUUUAUUUCCUUUUCAUCAUUAUCCUUGGCUUCUUCCCGAUCUUCGGUGUCGAUGAACCCGCACUCAAUACUGUCCCCCUGAUCGUUAUCAUCGUCAUCACCGCCAUCAAAGAUGCCAUCGAGGAUUGGCGCCGUACGGUCCUCGAUACCGAACUGAACAAUUCCCCCGUAUAUCGUCUCAUCGAAUGGAACAAUGUCAACUCUGUCGAAGACAAUAUCUCUUUGUGGCGCCGUAUCAAGAAAGCGUCUACUCGGGCUACUAUCUGGACGUACCGGACUAUUAGGGACCUGUUCAAGAAAAAGAAAGACGAUCCCGCCACUCAAGAGACCGAUCGGCGUGCGUCUAUCAUGACGACUGUUUCGCCCCGUGUCUCGACCUACUCCCAUCGCGGUGACCAUGGGGCUGACGAAGACGCCAUUCAAAUGACGCCUGUCCCGUCUCCCUCGCCCGAAGCACGUCCGGAUUGGCCAAUGUCGACGGAUCAGUUUCUUCACCCGGAUAAAGCGGUUCGGGACAGUUCGGUGGUCCCGACUACCUCAGCUACACCCCCCAGGAAAGGCGGCAGCGUGGUGGACACGGCUAAACAGACGCUCGGAAAGGCCCGAUUCAAACGGGAUUGCUGGAAGAACAUCCAGGUUGGAGAUUUCAUUCGGUUGUAUAACGGGGAUCCGAUCCCUGCUGAUAUUGUGGUCCUGUCGACUUCUGACCCUGACGGUGCGUGCUACGUGGAGACCAAGAAUUUGGACGGAGAAACCAAUCUCAAAGUCCGCUCGGCUCUCCAUUGUGGCCGUCAGGUCCGACAUGCCCGGGAUUGCGAAAAGACCGAAUUCGUCAUUGAUAGCGAGCCUCCACACCCCAAUCUCUACGCCUACAAUGGAGCCCUGCGUUGGGAGCAGCGUGACCCGGAUUUCCCGGACGCACCGCGGAAGGAAAUGGUGGAACCGAUCUCGGUAACCAACGUGCUGCUGCGUGGAUGCUCCCUUCGCAACACCGAAUGGGCGCUUGGUGUUGUCAUCUUCACCGGUGAUGAGACCAAGAUCAUGCUGAACUCUGGCGUUACUCCCACCAAGCGCCCCCGCCUCGCGAAGGACCUCAACUGGAACGUCAUCUACAAUUUCAUCAUCCUGUUCUUCAUGUGUCUCAUUUCCGGCAUUGUCAACGGUAUCGCGUGGGGCUCCAACAACAAGUCCCUCAACUACUUCGAUUUCGGAGCGUACGGGAGCACCCCGGCUGUUACCGGUAUCAUCACGUUUUGGGUGGCGGUCAUCCUGUUCCAAAAUUUAGUCCCGAUUUCUCUUUACAUUUCGCUCGAAAUCGUUCGCACGAUCCAGGCCGUGUUCAUCCACAGCGACAUCUUCAUGUACUAUGACAAACUACAGAUCGCUUGCAUCCCGAAAUCCUGGAAUAUCUCCGAUGACGUCGGGCAGAUCGAGUACAUCUUCUCGGAUAAGACCGGCACAUUGACUCAGAAUGUCAUGGAUUUUAAGAAGUGCACAGUUAACGGUGUUUCGUACGGAGAAGCUUUCACGGAAGCUCAGAUUGGCAUGGUCCGCCGAGAAGGAGGAGACGCUGAUGCGGUUGCUGCCAGAGCACGCGAGCAGAUCGCUCGCGACACGAAUAAAAUGAUCGAAAUGCUGCGCGACCUGCAUGAUAAUCCUUAUCUGCACGAGGAGAAUUUGACAUUCGUCGCGCCGAAUUAUGUAGCGGAUUUGGAUGGUCAAUCUGGCGAAGCCCAAAGGAAAUCCGCGGAGCACUUUAUGGUCGCUCUUGCGGUAUGCCACACGGUGAUCACGGAACACACUCCCGGCGAUCCUCCACAGGUCGAGUUCAAGGCCCAAUCGCCCGAUGAAGCCGCCUUGGUCGGUACCGCUCGUGAUUGUGGUUUUACCCUCGUGGGACGGUCAGGCGACGACCUUGUCCUGAACGUCAUGGGCGAGGAGCGGACAUAUACCGUGCUGAACACUUUGGAAUUCAAUUCUGCCAGAAAGCGGAUGAGUGCUAUUAUCCGCAUGCCCGACGGGAGCAUUCGGCUCUUCUGCAAGGGUGCGGAUAGCAUCAUCUAUUCUCGACUGGCCCCCGGCAAGCAGCAGGAACUUCGCAAGAAAACGGCCGAACACCUCGAAGAGUUUGCUCGUGAGGGUCUGCGUACGCUGUGUGUUGCCGAUCGCAAGCUCACCGAAGAGGAGUACCGCGUCUGGAGCAAAGAACAUGACAUUGCCGCAGCUGCCCUGACAGACCGUGAAGAGAAGCUCGAACAGGUAUCAACUGAGAUGGAGCAAAACCUCAUGCUUAUCGGCGGUACUGCUAUCGAGGAUAGAUUGCAGGAUGGUGUCCCGGAUACCAUUUCUCUCCUCGCCGACGCUGGUAUCAAGCUCUGGGUGUUGACUGGUGACAAGGUCGAGACUGCUAUCAAUAUUGGAUUUUCGUGCAACCUUCUCAACAACGACAUGGAGCUUCUUGUGUUCAAUGUCCCUGAAAACCAAAUGGAACGAGCGGAACAGGAACUCGACCGGCAGCUGCAACGGUUUGGCAUCACUGGUUCAGACGAGGAACUCAUCGCGGCCCGCAAAGACCACACGCCUCCUGAACCGACGCACGCCGUGGUCAUCGACGGAGAUACUUUGCGACUGAUGCUGGACGACAAGCUGAAGCAGAGAUUCUUGUUGUUGUGCAAGCAAUGCAAGUCUGUACUUUGCUGUCGUGUCAGCCCGGCCCAAAAAGCUGCGGUUGUGCGCAUGGUGAAGAAUGGCCUCAACAUCAUGGCUCUUUCAAUUGGUGAUGGUGCCAACGAUGUCGCUAUGAUUCAAGAAGCCGACGUUGGUGUCGGUAUCAUUGGUGAAGAAGGACGACAGGCAGCCAUGUCUUCCGACUAUGCCAUCGGGCAGUUCCGCUUCCUCCAACGGCUUAUCCUCGUCCAUGGCAGGUACUCGUACCGACGCUUGGGAGAAUGUAUUGCCAACUUUUUCUACAAGAAUCUGGUUUGGACGAUCGCACUGUUCUGGUACUCGAUUUAUAACGAUUUCGACGGCUCCUACCUCUUCGACUAUACUUAUAUCGUCUUGGUGAACGUUGCAUUCACAUCCUUGCCUGUGAUUUUCCUUGGCAUUUUCGAUCAAGAUGUCGAUGAUAAGGUGUCCCUAGCUGUACCUCAACUGUACAUGCGAGGUAUCGAACGAAAGGAGUGGUCGCAGUUGAAGUUUUGGAUGUACAUGCUGGAUGGUCUUUACCAGUCGGUCAUCUGCUUCUUCAUGCCGUACCUUCUAUACAGCCCUUCGACCUUUGUCCGCGAAAACGGGUUGAACAUCAACGACCGAACCCGAAUGGGCGUCCUUGUCGCAUCCAGCGCGGUUAUUGCCAGCAACACAUAUAUCAUGCUAAACAGUUUCCGGUGGGACUGGCUGACGUUGCUGAUCAAUAUCAUCAGCUCGCUUCUGAUCUUCUUGUGGACCGGGAUCUACUCCUCUUUCCCGACCUCAGCCCAGUUCUACAAAGCCGGUUCUGAAGUCUACGGGUCCCUGUCUUUCUGGGUUGUCCUGCUUCUGACUGUCACGAUAUGUUUGCUCCCGCGCUUUACCUUCAAAUCGUUCCAGAAGGUGUUCUUCCCGCUUGACGUGGACAUUGUCCGUGAGCAAGUCACCCAGGGCAAGUUCAAGUAUCUGGACCAGUAUGACGCAUAUGUUCCACCUAAAGCGGGGUCUGCGCCCGCUGGUGGCUACAGUGAUGAUUCAGCAGCAUCUUCAGAUUUGGGUAAACCAAUCCAGCCCAGUAUGAAGCAGGACCCCUUCUCAGACGAGCAGCAGAUAUAUCCGCCGUCGAUGGCGCGCGCGACGUUCGGCCACAACCCUCGUAGCCAGAACGGAAGCAGCGGGACAAACUAUGCGUCCAGUCUGGACACAACCCAGCAUGCGCACCCCCAAGUAGUGGACUAUGCCCGGCACGAUCAGACGCGUCAUUCCUUCGACCAAGAUCAAUCGUAUUACAACAACCAUGAUCUAAUACGCGUCGAUACUAACCUCACAGGGGGCCAUGAACCACCAAUGCCGCAUAGUCCGCUCAAGGGCCCUCAUGAUCCUUCGACGCACCAUGCAUGACCUUUCUCUUCCUUUCCUCCUUCCUUCAUUUUCAUUUUCAAUUUCUUUUUCUGUUUUUCCUUUCUCCUGCGUACUGACAUGAUGGUUUUUGUGAUUCCCCUUGUUGGUUUCAUUUUUCUUGUCGACGUAUCUGAUUUGUCCAUUAUCUCUUGACGAGUUACCUCAUUUUCUUUCUUCCUUUUUUGUCUUCUUUCCUUCUACGCACCGACUUUUUUUUAUUCCCCCAUAGAAGGCGUUCGGUAUACAGAACUGGCUGGUGGCUCGGCGCAACAUUUUCAUUUUGACAUCUCUAUACUAUCAUUCCUAUCCUAUCCUACCUUAUUCAUCUAUUUGGUGGUGUCAUGUCUUUCUUCUUUUCUUUAUUUCUUGUACAAAAGCGUUUUUAACUUACUUCACAUUCCUCUGUCGUUUGUUGCGCAUGCAUUCACUCGACCUUGUGGCCCCUUUCCCCCCCCUUUUCUUUACUCCUUUUUUGUUCCUUUUAUAUAAUUGAGAUAACUUUUAGUGAACUGGACCUUUUGGUUGGUGUUUAUGCUUAGCUUUCCUUGUGAUGACGUCGAGGUUUGAAAUAGGGGGAGUGUUGACUGGUUAUAGUAAUGUCUGGUCUAGUAUAUCAGCAAGGGCCGUGGUCUUUCUAUUCAAGAUGCCACCGUCAUUCAUCUAUUUAGCAAUUAUUAUAUAAGAGUCGAGUUUA